AUGAAUUUUGGAUCUUUGAAUAUUAAAGGUGCAGGAGGGGUUGGUAAGGCCUCGGAGGUUAAGGAAUUACGUAGAAAAUUUAAUCUCUCAUUCAUAGCCAUACAAGAAACACAGUUUAGAGACUUGCCUGUUAGCAAAAUCAGAAGGUUUUGGGAUAAUUCAGACUUCGAGUUUUCAAAGGUUGAUGCCGACGGUAGAUCAGGGGGUUUACUGUCACUAUGGAACUCAGGUGUAUUUAAGAAAGAGAUGGAAAUAAAGAACCAAAACUUCCUUCUUAUUAAAGGCCGUAUUGUUGGGGAUAAUGAGGAUCUAGUAAUCGUCAAUGUGUAUGGGUCCACAAAUCAAGCAAACAGAAGAAGGCUUUGGGAAGAAUUGUUGGCGGCUAAGAACUCAAUAAAUGGGAACUGGAUUAUGUUAGGAGACUUUAACGAGGUGCGAGUCUCCGAAGACAGGUUAAAUUCCCACUUUGAUGCAAAUGGUGCAUUGUGCUUUAAUAACUUCAUUAGUAGCGGAGGGUUGCAAGAAUAUAACAUGGGGGGAAUGAAAUAUACAUUUUUAUCGGGUGACGGCUCCAACCUCAGCAAAAUAGACCGUGUAUUGGUGUGUGGCAAUUUCAUGGGUAGAUGGCCAAAUGCUUCCCUAUUAGCUCUAAACAGGAGUAUAUCUGAUCAUAGCCCACUAAUAUUAACAACAGUCAAUAACAGUUUUGGUCCUUCACCAUUCAGAAUUUUUAGUAGUUGGUUUGAGUUGGAGGGAUUCGAUGAAGCGGUAAAAAAAGGAAUCAUGGCAACGUGUGAUUCGAAUUUCAAGGAUGAAGUGGUAGCUGUAAAACUAAAAGCAAUCAAGGAGGAGUUGAAAAAAUGGAGAAAAGAAAAAAGGGAACAUGAUGAAAAGGCGUUGUCUGAAGCUCAAAACAAGCUGAAGGAGUUGGAUACAUUGGUAGAAACUAGGGCAUUAUCGAACGAGGAACUAUCAACAUGGCAUGAAAGCAAGAGGAAGAUAAAGGAAUGGGAAAAUACAGCUGCUAUGGAUUUGCAACAGAAAUCCCGCAUACGUUGGAUAGGUCUUGGAGACGAAAAUACAAGUUACUUUCACGCGAUUGUUAAUAGUCACAUUGCAAGGAAUAAAAUAAGUGGGCUGUGGAUUGGAGGAAUUUGGGUGACGGAUCCGGGCUGGGCCCAGGAGAUUUCAAAAAACUAA